AACUCAGUGCUUCCGGUGCAUGGUUGUUUUUCGUAGCGUUCCGCGUUAAGUAGACAUUUUCUUCAAAGAAUAAACAGUUCACGUUCUUUUUGAGGAGAGUUGUUUACUUAAUUUCAUUUCUUGAAGGAGAGAAAAUCGCCAGACCGUCAAGAUGCCGCGAAUUAUGAUAAAAGGAGGCGUUUGGCGCAACACCGAGGAUGAGAUCCUCAAGGCGGCGGUGAUGAAAUAUGGGAAAAAUCAGUGGUCGCGUAUCGCCUCCCUGCUCCAUCGCAAGUCCGCCAAACAGUGCAAAGCCCGUUGGUACGAGUGGCUGGAUCCCAGCAUCAAAAAGACGGAAUGGUCCAGAGAAGAGGAGGAGAAGCUGCUUCACCUGGCCAAGCUGAUGCCCACUCAGUGGAGGACCAUCGCUCCCAUCAUUGGACGCACCGCGGCCCAGUGUCUCGAGCAUUACGAAUACCUGCUAGACAAAGCCGCCCAGAGGGAGAACGAGGAAGAGGUGGGAGAUGAUCCCAGGAAGUUAAAACCAGGAGAGAUCGAUCCCAACCCUGAGACCAAACCUGCCAGACCCGACCCCGUGGACAUGGACGAAGAUGAGCUGGAGAUGCUGUCAGAGGCCAGAGCUCGUUUGGCCAACACACAGGGCAAAAAAGCCAAGAGGAAAGCCAGAGAGAAACAGCUGGAGGAAGCCAGGCGAUUGGCUGCUCUGCAGAAACGCAGGGAGCUGCGUGCAGCGGGAAUCAAUGUGCAGAAGAAGAGGAAGCAUAAGAGAGGCGUGAACUACAACGCUGAAAUCCCCUUUGAAAAAAAGCCUGCAGCGGGUUUCUAUGACAUCAGUAUGGAGCAGUACGACGCUCUGGAGCCAAACUUCAAACGGCUCAGGCAGCAGCACCUGGACGGAGAACUGCGCAGCGAACGCGAAGAGAAGGAAAGGAAGAAGGAUAAGCAAAAGAUAAAGAAGAAGAAGGAGAGCGAUCUGCCCUCUGCCAUCCUGCAGACCAGCGGCGUUGCAGAGUUCACCAAGAAACGCUCCAAACUGGUCCUGCCUGCACCACAGAUCAGUGAUGCUGAGUUAGAGGAAGUGGUCAAAAUGGGCGUGGCCAGCGAGGUCGCUCGCCAAGCGGCCGAGGAGAGCGAAGGCGGUAACUCGGCCUCCUCCGCCCUGCUGUCAGAGUACAGCGUCACCAACAACAUGACCGCAGGGCUUCGGACUCCGCGGACCCCUGCUGCCCAGGACAGGAUCCUGCAGGAAGCCCAAAACCUGAUGGCUCUCACCAACAUCGACACGCCCCUGAAAGGAGGCCUCAACACCCCGCUGCACGAGAGCGACUUCAGCGGCGUGACGCCUCAGCGGCAGCAGGUUCAGACCCCGAACACGGUGCUCAGCACGCCAUUCAGAACUCCUGGACCCGGUCAGGCCUCUGAUGGGAUGACGCCUCUGGCCGGAGGGCUGACGCCUCGUGGUACUCCAGGGUUGACCCCUGCACGCACGCCUCUGAGGGACAAACUGAACAUUAACGCAGAAGACCAGCUGGCUGACCCGGCGUUUGCCAAACACGUGCAAAAGGAGAGCCUGCAGCAGCUGAGACAGGGCCUGCUGUCACUUCCUGUUCCUAAGAACGACUUUGAGAUCGUUCUUCCUGAAAAUGCAGAGAAGGAGCUGGAGGAGACGGAGAUGGAGAGCGGAUUCAUCGAGGACUCGGCAGACAUAGAGGCGCGCAAACAGGCUCAGCGGGACGCCGAGAGGGAGAAGGAGCUGAAACUUCGACACACCCCCGUUCAGAGGAGCCUCCCCAGACCGACGGAGGUAAACGAGUCGGUGCUCCGCCCCUCCUCCAUGGAGCCGCUCACCGACCUCCAGGUCGCAGAGGAGCUCAUCAAACAGGAAAUGAUCACCAUGCUGCAUCACGACUGUCUGCACCAUCCAUCCACCACCGCAGCCAAUCAGCUGCUGCGCGGCAAAGCCAAAGGUCCCGCCUCCACGUCCAACAACGCCUCGCACAUCUCCUACCUGGAAACUCACCCCUACAAGCCCAUCAGCACGGAGGACAUGGAACAGGCGAAGGCGAUCCUGACGGCGGAGAUGGAGGUGGUGAAAGCGGGGAUGGGCCACGGAGAUCUCAGCAUGGAGGCCUACACCCAGGUGUGGGAGGAAUGCUACGGGCAGGUUCUGUAUCUAGCAGGUCAGAACAGGUACACCCGAGCUAACCUGGCAUCAAAGAAGGAUCGGAUUGAAAGCCUUGAGAAGAAACUGGAGGUGAACCGCGGCCACAUGACGGCGGAGGCCCGCAGAGCAGCGAAGCUGGAGAAGAAACUGAAGAUUCUACUGGGAGGAUUCCAGUCCAGAGCGCUGGGGCUCCUGAAGCAGCACAAUGAACUGUGGGAGCAGGUGGAGCAAGCGGCCACCGAGCUGCAGACUUUCAACCAGCUGAAGCAGCAGGAGGAUCUGGCCAUUCCCAGGAGACAAGCGGCUCUGCGGGAGGACGUGGACAGGCAGAUGGAGAGGGAGAAGGAGCUUCAGCAGAGAUACGGAGAGCUGCUGAUGGAGAGGGAGUCUCUGCUCAGCAGCACUCAGAAGUUAUGAUCAGUUUGAUUCGCAUCUAAAACAAGAAAUCUGCCUCCAGUAACUUUCCACCACGUCGUACUGAAACAGCUCGUCCCUCAUCACUUCCCAGUCGCUCUGCCUCUAUGUGCUGAUGAUGCUGUGAUUCCCAAAGCUGCGCUCUGAGCUUAAUCGUCCUUGUUUCUCUAAGUUUUGAAUAAAGUUUUUUCAUCAAUAAAAACCAUCAACUUA